AUGUAUUUCUCUUUUGAAACAAUUCAAACCUUUGUGGUGGGAUUCAUAAUUAUCUAUGCUAUUCUUUGGAUUAAGAAGCCAAGAUUGAGUAAAAAUGAACCUCCGAUGGUUCCUUAUAAAAUCCCAAUAAUUGGUCAGGUGAUUACUAUAGCUGGAAACGAAGCUUCUUAUGAAAUUUUUAACGCCAGUGAUUCCUUUGAUUUGAAUGAAGCUAUAAAAGAUGUUUUACCUAUGCGUCAUGUUUUACCGACAAUAAAUGGAUUUGGUGACGUACAGCAUAUGGCCAAAAUGAUACGUGAAGAAAUUACUGGAAAAUUAUCUUUAUAUACAGGAAGAAUUCAAGAACAACUUUUGAUUGCUAUAAAUAAGGAAAUUGGAGAUUGUUCUAUUGGAGAGGAAAUAUCAAAACAUGAGGAUGUGAUCAAUUCUUUUGCCAAUGUAUCCAAAGAAUUUUCAAAGUUUCUUGUAAUACCUCCGUUUCUCUCAUUUAUUCAUCCAAAAAUACAUCAACAAGUUGUUACCUUACCAAUUCGACUUGGUUGGAAUCCUAUCAGAAAACAUAUUAAUACUUUAAAGAAAUAUUUGAAACCUGUAUUAGAGAAAAGAUUAAUAGAUAAAGAAAUCCUUGGCGAUAAGUAUAAACCACCUUUAGACGUAAUUGAAUAUUAUUUGAAUGAACCUGAAUAUGGGACAACAGUUACAGUUAUUACUGAUGAUUACUUAAAUUACACCUGUGAAGUUUUAAUCCACCUUAUUUUUAUCUCCAUUCACUCUACUACUCGUCACAUUUCUAGUGCUCUUCAUGAUUUGGCAGGAAGACCAGAAUUAUGGGAUGAUCUUUAUGAGGAACAAGUAAAAAUUGAUAAGGAAUGCAAUGGAAUGUUAACAAUUGUACAUAUUGACAGAAUGGUGAAAUUAGAUAGUUUCAUGAGAGAAUCUUUAAGGACUUUUGGUGAAGUUGCUGGCCUUAUGCACAGAUGCAUUGAAGAUUCGUAUACAUUUAAAAAUAACACAACAAUUCCUAAAGAUCGUAUAGCCUACAUUUAUUUUGAUGACAGUCAUUAUAAUGAAGUAUAUGGACCAGAACCAAGGUCAUUCCUUCCUUAUUAUGGUUUAAACAAUAAAAAACCUGCAACAAAAAUCAAUAAAAAUUACCUUGUAUUUGGCGCAGGAAAACAUGCUUGUCCUGGAAGAUUUUUUGUUAUUAAUGAAAUUAAAAUUUUGAUGCAUAAAUUAAUUUUGAAUUAUCAUAUUAAGACGGAAAGUGGAAAGUUAGAUGAAAAAAAAUUUGCUGGACCAUUUGUUUUACCAUUGAAUACUGGAAUAUGCUUACUUAAAUUUACUGAUGACAAUCUAUCAAUUGGAAAUGGUAUCACAAGUAAUCCCACCCUCAGUAAAUUUUAUGUUAAAAUUGACAAGAAACAGGGAAUUCAAAACAUGUAG